CUUUAACCCUCGUAACCCUUGCUACUGGGUAAAUACAUUAUCUAAGUCACUAGUUCGUUGUUUGAGUACCCAGGUUGAUGUCGUAAGGGCAGUGUUGCUAAUCCUCCAGGGUUAACCGAUAAUAGGUAAUGAUCGUUACACCGGACGGCAACUGUCUGCUACUGUCUGCUCCUGAUAGAUGUACAUAUUAUCUGUGUAGUCAUUGUGCUAGGACGAGCAGGGCGCACAGGAGGAAUUAGGGGAGAUCGUCGUCGACUACAUUUGUUGUUUUUUGUAACCUCAGAUAGGAGACAAAAUGGAUGACCAAGAACCUAAAGGUGGUUAUUAUCUACGGAAAAGUCAGUUGAUUGCUGGGGGUGUUUUGGCAGGAUGUCUCUGCCUGAUGGUCGGGCUGAUGUGCGGACUCCUACCUCAGAGUGAGAUCUGUGAGGCACCUCCCGUAGAAGGGGCAGCGGCGGCGGGGCCGGCGAGUGAUACAGGAGUCGCUGGUGACACACCCAAAGACGAUGUCGGACCUGGCGUGACCGUUGAUCCCGAAUGGUUCGAGUUACGACUACCGACCACUGUCAAACCGACUCAUUAUCAUCUUCUGCUUCAUCCCAAUCUGACGACGAAUUACUUCACCGGUGAAGUCCAGAUCGAGAUCACAGUAACCGCCGCCGUAAUGUAUCCUCGUCUUCACAUCAAAGCUAUGGACAUCAUGGAUGGUUCAGUUAGUAUCACAGACAUGGAUAACAAUGAUCAACAAAUCAAGGAUAUCUUUCAAUACGUCCCAAACGAGUUCCUUGUUAUGGAGAUGGUGAACGGGCUACAGCCAGGUGACUAUAUGCUCAACAUUGGGUUUGGUGGAUGGCUAAAUGAAACCAUUGUUGGCUUCUACAAGAGUGUGUACCAAGAUGCAAAUGGAAACGACAAAGCCAUCGCGACCAGUAAGUUCCAGCCGACAGACGCCCGUAGAGCUUUCCCAUGUUUCGAUGAGCCGGCUUUCAAAGCUAAUUACACAACCUCCCUGGUUCACCCUGCUGAUUACAUCGCACUCUCUAAUAUGGAUGUCAGGAUGAACGAGACUUACGAGGACGGAUUGAUGAUAACACAUUUUAACCCUUCUGUUCCAAUGAGCACCUAUCUGGCGUGUUUCAUCGUGUGUCAGUUUGAUUACAGGGAAAUGUUUACAAUGAGCGACAUACCGUUCCGUGUUUAUGCCCCAGUAGACGUUAUCGACCAAGUGGAAUAUUCCUUGAAGAUUGGUGUCAAUAUAACCGACUAUUAUGAAGAAUACUUCGAUCUCGGUUACCCGCUACCUAAACUUGACAUGAUAGGGAUUCCUGAUUACGUAAGCGGUGCGACCGAGCACUGGGGCUUGAUCACGUAUCGCGAAGAGAACCUCCUCUUCGAUGACGUCAAGUCUUCAGAAGGAAAUAAGGAGCAAGUUGCUAUGAUGGUUGCUCAUGAGAUUGCCCACAUGUGGUUUGGAAACAUCGUGACGUGUGACUGGUGGGAUGACCUGUGGCUGAACGAAGGUUUCGCGAGUUAUCUCGAGUAUCUCGGAGUCAACAGUGUAGAGCCUGACUGGAAAAUGUUGGAGGUUUUCGUGAGCAGUGACCUCCAUUACGUCAUGGGUCUUGAUCAGAUAGUGUCUUCUCAUCCAAUCAUCGUCGAGGUCAACCACCCCGACGAAAUCAACGAAAUCUUUGACUCCAUUCCAUACAGUAAGGGUGCCUCUGUUAUUCGAAUGCUCGACAACUUUUUGGGAGAAGAUGUCUUCAGAGCUGGGGUCUCGGAGUUCUUGAAAUUCUACCAGUAUGGAACAGCAGUGACUGACGAUUUAUGGGAGAAAUUAACCGAGGCAGCAGCAGCCCAAGGUAGGGACGUGAAUGUGAAGAGAGUGAUGGACACCUGGACACUGCAGAUGGGAUUCCCUGUUGUUACCAUGGAGAAGGUGAACGAGGGGGGUGUUGAUUAUCUCAAAGGAACACAGGACUGGUUCUUGGUAGAUCCUAACGCAAAUAAGAGUGCGGACCAGUAUGGAACACCUUUUGGUGACUACGAGUGGGAAAUUCCUUUUCAUUAUCGGUUCAAGAGUCAGGAGAAUGAGAAUCGAGAAUGGAUGUGGAGGAACGAGAGCGAAUUCAUGACUCCGUGGGUAGGGAACGACGAUUUCUACGUGGCAAACAGCGAUCGUAUGGGUUAUUAUCGGAUCAAUUAUGAUGAGGAGACAUGGGAGGCAUUGGGACAACAGCUUCAGGAUAAUUAUACGGAAAUUGGCGAGGGUGAACGUGCAGGAAUCAUCGACGAUUCUUUCAACUUAGCACGAGCCAGUCGGGUUCAUUACAGCGUGGCUCUGAAUAUGACGAAAUAUCUGACAUCAGAGACGGAGUUUGUGCCUUGGGAUACUGCCAGAGAUAACUUGCUAUGGUUGGGUGAAAUCAUGAGGUUCCAACCUGGAUAUGGUCUUUAUAGGACAUAUAUUCGAGAUUUGACAAAUGCUAAAUACAACGAGCUUGGCUGGAGAGACGACGGUUCCCAUCUUGAUAAGUUUAUCCGGUCCGACAUCAUCGAUCUUGCCUGUCGUCAUGGUAACUCGAUGUGUUUGGAAGAAGCAGUCAACCUAUUUUAUGACUUCCUCAAUGGAACAACCGUUUCUCCUAACCUGGCGUCGGAUAUGUACCAGUUCGGUAUGCAGGAGGUCGGAGGUCAGGAGGAGUGGAAGAGACUCUUUGAAAACUACCAGUCAACUGAUGUAUCUCAGGAGAGAACUAGACUUCUCUAUGGCAUGGCACAGACCAGAAUCCCCUGGAUCCUCGCCAAUUACCUGGACAUGCUGUUGAUGGAUGACAGCCCAAUCAGAUCACAGGACUUCUUUAGUGUUGUAGGCUAUGUAGGAGAUAAUCCGGUGGGUAAUCCCAUCGCGUGGGACUGGACUAGAGUACGGUGGACUGAAAUUGUAGACAAAUUCGGCACUGGAAAUCGUUAUCUUGGGCGUAUGAUCCCGGGUCUGACUGAAUUUUACUCCACAGAGCUUGGACUUCAAGAGAUGAUGGACUUCUUCGAAGAGUAUCCUGAUGCAGGGGCCGGUUCACGUGCCAGACUGCAGGCCAUUGAAACUGUACAAGGGAACAUCAACUGGGUGGAACGUAACGCUGAUAUAGUGUAUGAGUGGCUCCAAGAAAACAGGAUCGCAUCAUAAUAUAAUGAGAUUUCAAAACAGACACAUAAUCAACAUUGAAUAUCACAGAUCAUAACAUGCGCUAGACUGUGAUGUGUGUUUAAAACCAAAAGAGUGUAUAUCCAUUUAAAUUGCAUUAACUCCCUUCUGGUUCUAAGCAAUCAUAGGUUUGCUGCAGUUACAAUUGAUUCAGUGCCCUUUUGGGACCUGAAACAAUUAUUUAAAUUCAGGUCCUGUAUCAUCUGGAACUGAGACGGCAAAGUAUAGAGCUCAUUGUUGACAUGAAUAAAACAACCAGUUCAACAUUACUAAUUAAAGAUUUCUAUUAUUGUCUAAUUUUUAAUAACCGAAUGAUCCUUGCAGGAUUCCAAGCAAUUGAUAAAGAUAGUAAAUAUAUUACUAAUGAACAUGUACAAAUGUUUUCUUACACGGCUGUAUUAUAGUAAGCAAAAUAUUAAGUAUACUUAAGAAAAGUUCCUCUUCAUUUUGAUUAGUGAAUUUAACCUGGCUAAUGGAAGAACUCGCAUUGUUAUUUCAACAUGUAUAAUGACCGACCCCUACGAAUGCAUUGAAACAGCUGCCCAUCCUGAUUCUAACAAUGUGUUAUGUGAACACUUCGGUGAUAAAUGCUUUAUAUGCACCGUUUUUUAAAAUGAUUAUUAUUAUUAUUAUUAUACUUGCUAUCCAUACGGUGUUUUAACUUAGUCCUGAGCGUGGUGUAAUGUCUCGCAAACAUCUCGUUAUGCUAAGAAAUUUGGCUUGAAAUUUCACGCUAUAUCAUGUAUGAACAGCGAAUAACCAUGGGGUUUAUCAAAGUCGGGCUAAUGUAAACACGACCUAUGAUAUGGGCGUACUGGCACAAAUUUCGGGUCGAUGUCUCUUGUCAGACUAGUAUGUAUUACUGUUAGAUUUACGUUACAUGGGCAUUAUGAAUAAGUCCAGUCAAACUAUAGGCACGAUGCUAAACUGUAUAUUGCAAUGCUUUUUAAAUGAAGGACAUUUCGGAAACGUAUACAUAUUGAUAGAGCUUUUUACAUCAGCAGCGAGCGAUAAACAAUUUCGUUCACCAAUUAUGAUUUAAUGUCUCUUCACAUUUGUUGGUGAUAUGUCGGGAAAUCCCCAUUCUUUAGGGUCGUCACUAGCAAUAAUUUUGUUAAGGGCAUGCAUAAAAUAUUGAAUACAAUUUGUGAGCUGUUUGUUCUCUUUUGGUGAUUUUGUUUGUAUAUCUUACGCUCAAACUUUCGUUCUUAUUCUGAAUUUAUAUCUGGUAAAUAUGUGCAUUUUAAUACAAUAUAAUGUAAUCAAAUUGAAAGUAGUGUCCAUGGUAAGAUUUACAUAGGGUCUCUCCUUCUUAAAGAAGUAGAAGCAAGGAGUAGAUCAUUCAGAACAAAUUUUGACAUUUUUUUUUCUUCUUCAAAUUUUUAUCUUUGAUAAUGCCCGAAUUGAGGCUUAUAUUACACGUGUAUAAAAAAAACAACGAUGCUGUCUGUGAUUAUAUGCCGAACCAAAGAAUAAUGAUGAAAACAUGUUAUUUGAUUGUUAAAGAACUGAUUAUAAUAAUUAAAAAAAGAAGAUUUCUAAUCAA